UCAUACUGUUCUGACCUUAUUUCUGACAGGUAACAUCGGCUGCUUGGCAACUAGGAAAGUCAGCAUGAAAUGCAGCCAAGAGCCAUAAUCAUGUAAGAGCUAAUAUAUCACGCAUUUCAAAUGCCGCCUAUAGAUAAGGUAUUCUCCACAGCAUGCGGCUCUAUAUAAUGUAAUGCUGUGUCUUACUCUAGGCUCUUGAGCCGGCGAAUCCCAUUCUCCAAGGACAUCGGCUAGGUCGCAAUGAUGUCCCUUAAAUUUCUAGCACUCAAUGCCGUAGCAUCAUUUGUUGUAGGAUCUUCCGUGUCUUUCCCUAGGGGCUUCCCCAUUUCCGUGAGGGAGGACAGACCGUUCAAUGCGAGUCUCCCUAAUGUGACCAUUUUCGCGACUGGCGGUACGAUUGCAGGAAGCGCGAGCUCCAGCGACCAAACUUCUGGGUAUAAGCCCGGCGUGCUUGGCGUCGAUAUUCUAAUCGAUGCCGUGCCGCAGCUGCGGAACGUAUCCAAUGUCCGCGGGGUCCAAGUAACAAAUGUCCCAUCGUCGGGUAUCACGCCCGAGAUUCUUCUCAAUAUAACACGACAGAUACAGCAAGAGCUCGACAGCCCGAGCUGCCAGGGUGUCGUAGUGACACACGGCACCGACACGCUCGAGGAAACCGCCUUCUUCCUCGACCUAACGCUGCGCUCCGAAAAACCGGUCGUCAUCGUCGGCGCCAUGCGCCCCGCAACAGCCAUAAGCGCUGACGGGCCAAUUAAUCUCCUCGAAGCCGUAACCCUAGCCGCACACUCAGGCGCCCGAGGCCGGGGCGCAAUGAUUGUGCUGAACGACCGCAUCGCAAGUGCGUUCUUUACAACCAAGAGCAACGCGAAUUCCCUAGACACAUUCAGAGCCGCUGAGCAGGGAUUCCUGGGCUUCUUCUAUAAUAUCAAGCCCAAGUUUUACUUCACGCCUGCGCUGCCGCGCGGGAAGCCGUAUUUUGACGUCGGGAAUGCGACGAACCUUCCACAGGUUGAUAUCCUGUUCGGCCAUCAGGGACUUAACCCCACUUUGGCAUCUGCAGCUGUUGCGAGUGGUGCUAGGGGUCUUGUGCUUGCUGGCAUGGGAGCGGGAGCAUGGACUUUGGAGGGGUUGAAUGUUAUUAACGAUGCCAUAGAGAAGAGUGGCACAAUUGUGGUUGACUCGCGACGAUCGAUGGACGGUUACGUCCCGCCGUAUGGCGCUGGUGGAUAUGGAGGUGGUCUUCUGAAUCCUCAAAAGGCGCGCAUUAUGCUGCAAUUAGCGUUGAAUGCCAGAUAUACGAGUGAUCAGAUGCAGAGUCUGUUCGAGUUUGAUGGAUAGACUAUGAAGUGAUAUCAGUUUCAAACGACGUCGCAGUAUAUUCUACAGCGAUUAGGAAUUAGUUUUGCUAUUCAUAAUUCAGCUCUUAUUAAGGUCUAGUU